AUGGAAAGGGAUGGUUCCGCGGGGAAAGUAGAGCCGUUUCACCAGGCAGUGGCGCGGCGGCAAUCAGGCGCAGGCGCAGCUGCGCGGACGGGAGCGCAGCAAGGGGCGCGGGGAUCACACUCGGGGGCUUGGGCGGGGCAACCAGGGGAAUGGGCGGGGGAGGCGGGGGCGGGGUGGGACGGGGACUGGCUGGGGGAGGCGCGGAGGCGGGCGGGGCCAUGGAAGGGGCGACCGCUGGCGGUGGUGAGUCUGUUCGACGGGUGCGGUGCCAUCUGGCAGGCGCUGCACGACUGUGGCAUUCCCUUCACCGGCGUCAGCUCUGAAAUUGUGAGUGCAGAGACGUCUCAAGACGUGAGGGCCUUGCUGGGAUCCGUUUGCAGCGGAGGUGAUGAGGCACAGGUGGCCGGCCGUGCAGCAUUCCCAUGUCACUGCAUAUCGUCUCGUCUCUCCACACCCCUCCCCACCUCCUCUCACCCCUCCACUCCCCCACAGGAUCCGUUCGCAGCGGAGGUGGACCCAUUCGCAGCGGAGGUAGUGAGGCACAGGUGGCCCGCCGUGCAGCACGUGGGGGACAUCACCUCCCUCACUCCCACCACCAUCCACUCCGCCCUCGCUGCCGCUGCUGCUGCUGGUUGUGCCACUGCGGGCGCCACUGCUGGUGCUGGUGCUGUUGCCUCUGCUGCUCACACCAAGGAACCUCGACCGAGAAAGUGCAAGGAAGGUUCACCGGGUGUUGCAGCUGGCGUCCACGUGGACCUGCUAGUGGGCGGCUUUCCUUGUCAGGAUCUGAGCAGCAUGAACAAAACGAGGGUGGGCGAACCCACUUACCGCCCCCACUUAGCGCCCCCCACUAUCUACCACUCCCUCUUCCCUCAUCUGACAUUCCAUCUUCACCGCUCCGCCCUCAUUCUGUCCCUCACACCCACCCCAGUCCUGCUUCCUCCCCCCACCAUGCACUGCCAGCGCCUGCCAAUCUGGUUGCAUCACAACGAGUUUCCCCCAACACCUUCACCUUCACAUUGCUCUCGCCUUUCCAGCCUCACCCACCCUCCCCUGCCCCUCUCCCUCCCCGCCCUCCCUGCUCUCUCUCCCUGCCCUCGCUCCUCUCCCCCCCUGCAUGCAUGCGCCAGCCUGCAUGGCCCUCGCAGUGGUCUCUUCUUCCACCUCCUGCGCCUUAUCCAGCAGCUCUCCCCCAAAUGCUUCAAGUGGAGACCUGUCAACCCUGCCUCGCCCUCUCCUUCCUCCCCUCCUCAGUUCCCUCCUCAGUUCCCUCCUCAGUUCCCUCCUCAGUUCCCUCCUCCUCAGUUCCCUCCUCAGUUCCCUCCUCAGUUCCUUCCUCAGUUCCCUCCUCAGUCCCCUCCUCAGUUCCCUCCUCAGUUCCCUCCUCAGUUCCCUCCUCAGUUCCCUCCUCAGUUCCCUCCUCAGUUCCCUCCUCAGUUCCCUCCUCAGUUCCCUCCUCAGUUCCCUCCUCAGUUCCCUCCUCAGCCCCCUCCUCAGUUCCCUCCUCAGUCCCCUCCUCAGUCCCCUCCUCAGUUCCCUCCUCAGUUCCCUCCUCAGUUCCCUCCUCCUCAGUUCCCUCCUCCUCAGUUCCCUCCUCAGUUCCCUCCUCAGUUCCCUCCUGAGUUCCCUCCUCAGUUCCUUCCUCAGUUCCCUCCUCAGUCCCCUCCUCAGUUCCCUCCUCAGUUCCCUCCUCAGUUCCCUCCUCAGUUCCCUCCUCAGUUCCCUCCUCCUCAGUUCCCUCCUCAGUUCCCUCCUCAGUUCCCUCCUCAGUUCCCUCCUCAGUUCCCUCCUCAGUUCCCUCCUCAGUUCCUUCCUCAGUUCCCUCCUCAGUCCCCUCCUCAGUUCCCUCCUCAGUUCCCUCCUCAGUCCCCUCCUCAGUUCCCUCCUCAGUCCCCUCCUCAGUCCCCUCCUCAGUCCCCUCCUCAGUUCCCUCCUCAGUUCCCUCCUCAGUUCCUUCCUCAGUUCCCUCCUCAGUCCCCUCCUCAGUUCCCUCCUCAGUCCCCUCCUCAGUUCCCUCCUCAGUCCCCUCCUCAGUUCCCUCCUCAGUUCCCUCCUCAGUCCCCUCCUCAGUUCCCUCCUCAGUCCCCUCCUCAGUUCCCUCCUCAGUUCCCUCCUCAGUUCCCUCCUCAGUUCCUCCUCAGUUCCCUCCUCAGUUCCUCUCAGUUCCCUCCUCAGUCCCUCCUCAGUCCCCUCCUCAGUUCCCUCCUCAGUCCCCUCCUCAGUUCCCUCCUCAGUCCCCUCCUCAGUUCCCUCCUCAGUUCCCUCCUCAGUCCCCUCCUCAGUUCCCUCCUCAGUCCCCUCCUCAGUUCCCUCCUCAGUCCCCUCCUCAGUUCCCUCCUCAGUUCCCUCCUCAGUUCCCUCCUCAGUUCCUUCCUCAGUUCCCUCCUCAGUCCCCUCCUCAGUCCCCUCCUCAGUUCCCUCCUCAGUCCCCUCCUCAGUUCCCUCCUCAGUUCCCUCCUCAGUUCCCUCCUCAGUUCCCUCCUCAGUUCCCUCCUCAGUCCCCUCCUCAGUUCCCUCCUCAGUUCCCUCCUCAGUUCCCUCCUCAGUUCCCUCCUCAGUUCCCUCCUCAGUCCCCUCCUCAGUUCCCUCCUCAGUCCCUCCUCAGUCCCUCCUCAGUCCCCUCCUCAGUCCCCUCCUCAGUUCCCUCCUCAGUUCCCUCCUCAGUUCCCUCCUCAGUUCCCUCCUCAGUUCCUUCCUCAGUUCCCUCCUCAGUCCCCUCCUCAGUUCCCUCCUCAGUUCCCUCCUCAGUUCCCUCCUCAGUUCCCUCCUCAGUUCCCUCCUCAGUCCCCUCCUCAGUCCCCUCCUCAGUUCCCUCCUCAGUCCCCUCCUCAGUUCCCUCCUCAGUCCCCUCCUCAGUUCCCUCCUCAGUUCCCUCCUCAGUUCCCUCCUCAGUCCCCUCCUCAGUCCCCUCCUCAGUUCCCUCCUCAGUUCCCUCCUCAGUUCCCUCCUCAGUUCCCUCCUCAGUUCCCUCCUCAGUCCCCUCCUCAGUUCCCUCCUCAGUUUCCUCCUCAGUUCCCUCCUCAGUUCCUUCCUCAGUUCCCUCCUCAAUCCCCUCCUCAGUUCCCUCCUCAGUUCCCUCCUCAGUCCCCUCCUCAGUUCCCUCCUCAGUCCCCUCCUCAGUCCCCUCCUCAGUCCCCUCCUCAGUUCCCUCCUCAGUUCCCUCCUCAGUUCCCUCCUCAGUUCCCUCCUCAGUUCCUUCCUCAGUUCCCUCCUCAGUCCCCUCCUCAGUUCCCUCCUCAGUUCCCUCCUCAGUUCCCUCCUCAGUUCCCUCCUCAGUCCCCUCCUCAGUUCCCUCCUCAGUUCCCUCCUCAGUUCCCUCCUCAGUUCCCUCCUCAGUUCCCUCCUCAGUCCCCUCCUCAGUUCCCUCCUCAGUCCCCUCCUCAGUUCCCUCCUCAGUUCCCUCCUCAGUUCCCUCCUCAGUUCCUUCCUCAGUUCCCUCCUCAGUUCCCUCCUCAGUUCCCUCCUCAGUUCCCUCCUCAGUCCCCUCCUCAGUCCCCUCCUCAGUUCGCUCCUCAGUCCCCUCCUCAGUUCCCUCCUCCUCAGUUCCCUCCUCCUCAGUUCCCUCCUCAGUUCCCUCCUCAGUUCCCUCCUCAGUUCCCUCCUCAGUUCCUUCCUCAGUUCCCUCCUCAGUCCCCUCCUCAGUUCCCUCCUCAGUUCCCUCCUCAGUUCCCUCCUCAGUUCCCUCCUCAGUUCCCUCCUCCUCAGUUCCCUCCUCAGUUCCCUCCUCAGUUCCCUCCUCAGUUCCCUCCUCAGUUCCUUCCUCAGUUCCCUCCUCAGUCCCCUCCUCAGUUCCCUCCUCAGUUCCCUCCUCAGUCCCCUCCUCAGUUCCCUCCUCAGUCCCCUCCUCAGUCCCCUCCUCAGUUCCCUCCUCAGUCCCCUCCUCAGUUCCCUCCUCAGUCCCCUCCUCAGUUCCCUCCUCAGUUCCCUCCUCAGUUCCCUCCUCAGUCCCCUCCUCAGUUCCCUCCUCAGUCCCCUCCUCAGUCCCCUCCUCAGUUCCCUCCUCAGUUCCCUCCUCAGUUCCCUCCUCAGUUCCCUCCUCCUCAGUUCCCUCCUCCUCAGUUCCCUCCUCAGUUCCCUCCUCAGUUCCCUCCUGAGUUCCCUCCUCAGUUCCUUCCUCAGUUCCCUCCUCAGUCCCCUCCUCAGUUCCCUCCUCAGUUCCCUCCUCAGUUCCCUCCUCAGUUCCCUCCUCAGUUCCCUCCUCCUCAGUUCCCUCCUCAGUUCCCUCCUCAGUUCCCUCCUCAGUUCCCUCCUCAGUUCCUUCCUCAGUUCCCUCCUCAGUCCCCUCCUCAGUUCCCUCCUCAGUUCCCUCCUCAGUCCCCUCCUCAGUUCCCUCCUCAGUCCCCUCCUCAGUCCCCUCCUCAGUUCCCUCCUCAGUCCCCUCCUCAGUUCCCUCCUCAGUCCCCUCCUCAGUUCCCUCCUCAGUUCCCUCCUCAGUUCCCUCCUCAGUCCCCUCCUCAGUUCCCUCCUCAGUCCCCUCCUCAGUCCCCUCCUCAGUUCCCUCCUCAGUUCCCUCCUCAGUUCCCUCCUCAGUUCCCUCCUCCUCAGUUCCCUCCUCCUCAGUUCCCUCCUCAGUUCCCUCCUCAGUUCCCUCCUGAGUUCCCUCCUCAGUUCCUUCCUCAGUUCCCUCCUCAGUCCCCUCCUCAGUUCCCUCCUCAGUUCCCUCCUCAGUUCCCUCCUCAGUUCCCUCCUCAGUUCCCUCCUCAGUUCCCUCCUCAGUUCCCUCCUCAGUUCCCUCCUCAGUUCCCUCCUCAGUUCCCUCCUGAGUUCCCUCCUCAGUUCCUUCCUCAGUUCCCUCCUCAGUCCCCUCCUCAGUUCCCUCCUCAGUUCCCUCCUCAGUUCCCUCCUCAGUUCCCUCCUCAGUUCCCUCCUCCUCAGUUCCCUCCUCAGUUCCCUCCUCAGUUCCCUCCUCAGUUCCCUCCUCAGUUCCUUCCUCAGUUCCCUCCUCAGUCCCCUCCUCAGUUCCCUCCUCAGUUCCCUCCUCAGUCCCCUCCUCAGUUCCCUCCUCAGUCCCCUCCUCAGUCCCCUCCUCAGUUCCCUCCUCAGUUCCCUCCUCAGUUCCCUCCUCAGUCCCCUCCUCAGUUCCCUCCUCAGUCCCCUCCUCAGUUCCCUCCUCAGUUCCCUCCUCAGUUCCCUCCUCAGUUCCUUCCUCAGUUCCCUCCUCAGUUCCCUCCUCAGUUCCCUCCUCAGUUCCCUCCUCAGUCCCCUCCUCAGUCCCCUCCUCAGUUCGCUCCUCAGUCCCCUCCUCAGUUCCCUCCUCCUCAGUUCCCUCCUCCUCAGUUCCCUCCUCAGUUCCCUCCUCAGUUCCCUCCUCAGUUCCCUCCUCAGUUCCUUCCUCAGUUCCCUCCUCAGUCCCCUCCUCAGUUCCCUCCUCAGUUCCCUCCUCAGUUCCCUCCUCAGUUCCCUCCUCAGUUCCCUCCUCCUCAGUUCCCUCCUCAGUUCCCUCCUCAGUUCCCUCCUCAGUUCCCUCCUCAGUUCCUUCCUCAGUUCCCUCCUCAGUCCCCUCCUCAGUUCCCUCCUCAGUUCCCUCCUCAGUCCCCUCCUCAGUUCCCUCCUCAGUCCCCUCCUCAGUCCCCUCCUCAGUUCCCUCCUCAGUCCCCUCCUCAGUUCCCUCCUCAGUCCCUCCUCAUUCCUUCCUCAGUUCCCUCCUCAGUCCCCUCCUCAGUUCCCUCCUCAGUUCCCUCCUCAGUUCCCUCCUCAGUUCCCUCCUCAGUUCCCUCCUCCUCAGUUCCCUCCUCAGUUCCCUCCUCAGUUCCCUCCUCAGUUCCCUCCUCAGUUCCCUCCUCAGUUCCCUCCUCAGUUCCUUCCUCAGUUCCCUCCUCAGUCCCUCCUCAGUUCCCUCCUCAGUUCCCUCCUCAGUCCCCUCCUCAGUUCCCUCCUCAGUCCCCUCCUCAGUCCCCUCCUCAGUCCCCUCCUCAGUUCCCUCCUCAGUUCCCUCCUCAGUUCCUUCCUCAGUUCCCUCCUCAGUCCCCUCCUCAGUUCCCUCCUCAGUCCCCUCCUCAGUUCCCUCCUCAGUCCCCUCCUCAGUUCCCUCCUCAGUUCCCUCCUCAGUCCCCUCCUCAGUUCCCUCCUCAGUCCCCUCCUCAGUUCCCUCCUCAGUCCCCUCCUCAGUUCCCUCCUCAGUUCCCUCCUCAGUUCCCUCCUCAGUUCCUUCCUCAGUUCCCUCCUCAGUCCCCUCCUCAGUCCCCUCCUCAGUUCCCUCCUCAGUCCCCUCCUCAGUUCCCUCCUCAGUCCCCUCCUCAGUUCCCUCCUCAGUUCCCUCCUCAGUCCCCUCCUCAGUUCCCUCCUCAGUCCCCUCCUCAGUUCCCUCCUCAGUCCCCUCCUCAGUUCCCUCCUCAGUUCCCUCCUCAGUUCCCUCCUCAGUUCCUUCCUCAGUUCCCUCCUCAGUCCCCUCCUCAGUCCCCUCCUCAGUUCCCUCCUCAGUCCCCUCCUCAGUUCCCUCCUCAGUUCCCUCCUCAGUUCCCUCCUCAGUUCCCUCCUCAGUCCCCUCCUCAGUUCCCUCCUCAGUUCCCUCCUCAGUUCCCUCCUCAGUUCCCUCCUCAGUUCCCUCCUCAGUCCCCUCCUCAGUUCCCUCCUCAGUCCCCUCCUCAGUCCCCUCCUCAGUCCCCUCCUCAGUUCCCUCCUCAGUUCCCUCCUCAGUUCCCUCCUCAGUUCCCUCCUCAGUUCCUUCCUCAGUUCCCUCCUCAGUCCCCUCCUCAGUUCCCUCCUCAGUUCCCUCCUCAGUUCCCUCCUCAGUUCCCUCCUCAGUUCCCUCCUCAGUCCCCUCCUCAGUCCCCUCCUCAGUUCCCUCCUCAGUCCCCUCCUCAGUUCCCUCCUCAGUCCCCUCCUCAGUUCCCUCCUCAGUUCCCUCCUCAGUUCCCUCCUCAGUCCCCUCCUCAGUCCCCUCCUCAGUUCCCUCCUCAGUUCCCUCCUCAGUUCCCUCCUCAGUUCCCUCCUCAGUCCUCCUCAGUCCCUCCUCAGUUCCCUCCUCAGUUUCCUCCUCAGUUCCCUCCUCAGUUCCUUCCUCAGUUCCCUCCUCAAUCCCCUCCUCAGUUCCCUCCUCAGUUCCCUCCUCAGUCCCCUCCUCAGUUCCCUCCUCAGUCCCCUCCUCAGUCCCCUCCUCAGUCCCCUCCUCAGUUCCCUCCUCAGUUCCCUCCUCAGUUCCCUCCUCAGUUCCCUCCUCAGUUCCUUCCUCAGUUCCCCCCUCAGUCCCCUCCUCAGUUCCCUCCUCAGUUCCCUCCUCAGUUCCCUCCUCAGUUCCCUCCUCAGUCCCCUCCUCAGUUCCCUCCUCAUUCCCUCCUCAUUCCCUCCUCCUCAGUUCCCUCCUCAGUUCCCUCCUCAGUUCCCUCCUCAGUUCCCUCCUCAGUUCCUUCCUCAGUUCCCUCCUCAGUCCCCUCCUCAGUUCCCUCCUCAGUUCCCUCCUCAGUUCCCUCCUCAGUUCCCUCCUCAGUUCCCUCCUCCUCAGUUCCCUCCUCAGUUCCCUCCUCAGUUCCCUCCUCAGUUCCCUCCUCAGUUCCUUCCUCAGUUCCCUCCUCAGUCCCCUCCUCAGUUCCCUCCUCAGUUCCCUCCUCAGUCCCCUCCUCAGUUCCCUCCUCAGUCCCCUCCUCAGUCCCCUCCUCAGUUCCCUCCUCAGUCCCUCCUCAGUUCCCUCCUCAGUCCCCUCCUCAGUUCCCUCCUCAGUUCCCUCCUCAGUUCCCUCCUCAGUUCCCUCCUCAGUUCCUUCCUCAGUUCCCUCCUCAGUCCCCUCCUCAGUUCCCUCCUCAGUUCCCUCCUCAGUUCCCUCCUCAGUUCCCUCCUCAGUCCCCUCCUCAGUCCCCUCCUCAGUCCCCUCCUCAGUCCCCUCCUCAGUUCCCUCCUCAGUUCCCUCCUCAGUCCCCUCCUCAGUCCCCUCCUCAGUUCCCUCCUCAGUUCCCUCCUCAGUUCCCUCCUCAGUCCCCUCCUCAGUCCCCUCCUCAGUCCCCUCCUCAGUUCCCUCCUCAGUUCCCUCCUCAGUUCCCUCCUCAGUUCCCUCCUCCUCAGUUCCCUCCUCAGUUCCCUCCUCAGUUCCCUCCUCAGUUCCCUCCUCAGUUCCUUCCUCAGUUCCCUCCUCAGUCCCCUCCUCAGUUCCCUCCUCAGUUCCCUCCUCAGUUCCCUCCUCAGUUCCCUCCUCAGUCCCCUCCUCAGUCCCCUCCUCAGUCCCCUCCUCAGUCCCCUCCUCAGUCACCUCCUCAGUUCCCUCCUCAGUUCCCUCCUCAGUUCCCUCCUCAGUUCCCUCCUCAGUUCCCUCCUCCUCAGUUCCCUCCUCAGUUCCCUCCUCAGUUCCCUCCUCAGUUCCCUCCUCAGUUCCCUCCUCAGUUCCCUCCUCAGUUCCCUCCUCAGUUCCCUCCUCAGUUCCUUCCUCAGUUCCCUCCUCAGUCCCCUCCUCAGUUCCCUCCUCAGUUCCCUCCUCAGUCCCCUCCUCAGUUCCCUCCUCAGUCCCCUCCUCAGUCCCCUCCUCAGUUCCCUCCUCAGUCCCCUCCUCAGUUCCCUCCUCAGUCCCCUCCUCAGUUCCCUCCUCAGUUCCCUCCUCAGUUCCCUCCUCAGUUCCCUCCUCAGUUCCUUCCUCAGUUCCCUCCUCAGUCCCCUCCUCAGUUCCCUCCUCAGUUCCCUCCUCAGUUCCCUCCUCAGUUCCCUCCUCAGUCCCCUCCUCAGUCCCCUCCUCAGUCCCCUCCUCAGUCCCCUCCUCAGUCACCUCCUCAGUUCCCUCCUCAGUUCCCUCCUCAGUUCCCUCCUCAUUCCUUCCUCAGUUCCCUCCUCAGUCCCCUCCUCAGUUCCCUCCUCAGUUCCCUCCUCAGUCCCCUCCUCAGUUCCCUCCUCAGUCCCCUCCUCAGUGCCCCUCCUCAGUCCCCUCCUCAGUUCCCUCCUCAGUUCCCUCCUCAGUUCCUUCCUCAGUUCCCUCCUCAGUCCCCUCCUCAGUUCCCUCCUCAGUCCCCUCCUCAGUUCCCUCCUCAGUCCCCUCCUCAGUUCCCUCCUCAGUUCCCUCCUCAGUCCCCUCCUCAGUUCCCUCCUCAGUCCCCUCCUCAGUUCCCUCCUCAGUCCCCUCCUCAGUUCCCUCCUCAGUUCCCUCCUCAGUUCCCUCCACAGUUCCUUCCUCAGUUCCCUCCUCAGUCCCCUCCUCAGUCCCCUCCUCAGUUCCCUCCUCAGUCCCCUCCUCAGUUCCCUCCUCAGUUCCCUCCUCAGUUCCCUCCUCAGUUCCCUCCUCAGUCCCCUCCUCAGUUCCCUCCUCAGUUCCCUCCUCAGUUCCCUCCUCAGUUCCCUCCUCAGUUCCCUCCUCAGUCCCCUCCUCAGUUCCCUCCUCAGUUUCCUCCUCAGUUCCCUCCUCAGUUCCUUCCUCAGUUCCCUCCUCAAUCCCCUCCUCAGUUCCCUCCUCAGUUCCCUCCUCAGUCCCCUCCUCAGUUCCCUCCUCAGUCCCCUCCUCAGUCCCCUCCUCAGUCCCCUCCUCAGUUCCCUCCUCAGUUCCCUCCUCAGUUCCCUCCUCAGUUCCCUCCUCAGUUCCUUCCUCAGUUCCCUCCUCAGUCCCCUCCUCAGUUCCCUCCUCAGUUCCCUCCUCAGUUCCCUCCUCAGUUCCCUCCUCAGUUCCCUCCUCAGUCCCCUCCUCAGUCCCCUCCUCAGUUCCCUCCUCAGUCCCCUCCUCAGUUCCCUCCUCAGUCCCCUCCUCAGUUCCCUCCUCAGUUCCCUCCUCAGUUCCCUCCUCAGUCCCCUCCUCAGUCCCCUCCUCAGUUCCCUCCUCAGUCCCCUCCUCAGUUCCCUCCUCAGUCCCCUCCUCAGUUCCCUCCUCAGUUCCCUCCUCAGUUCCCUCCUCAGUUCCUUCCUCAGUUCCCUCCUCAGUCCCCUCCUCAGUCCCCUCCUCAGUUCGCUCCUCAGUCCCCUCCUCAGUUCCCUCCUCCUCAGUUCCCUCCUCCUCAGUUCCCUCCUCAGUUCCCUCCUCAGUUCCCUCCUCAGUUCCCUCCUCAGUUCCUUCCUCAGUUCCCUCCUCAGUCCCCUCCUCAGUUCCCUCCUCAGUUCCCUCCUCAGUUCCCUCCUCAGUUCCCUCCUCAGUUCCCUCCUCCUCAGUUCCCUCCUCAGUUCCCUCCUCAGUUCCCUCCUCAGUUCCCUCCUCAGUUCCUUCCUCAGUUCCCUCCUCAGUCCCCUCCUCAGUUCCCUCCUCAGUUCCCUCUUCAGUCCCCUCCUCAGUUCCCUCCUCAGUCCCCUCCUCAGUCCCCUCCUCAGUUCCCUCCUCAGUCCCCUCCUCAGUUCCCUCCUCAGUCCCCUCCUCAGUUCCCUCCUCAGUUCCCUCCUCAGUUCCCUCCUCAGUUCCCUCCUCAGUUCCUUCCUCAGUUCCCUCCUCAGUCCCCUCCUCAGUUCCCUCCUCAGUUCCCUCCUCAGUUCCCUCCUCAGUUCCCUCCUCAGUCCCCUCCUCAGUCCCCUCCUCAGUCCCCUCCUCAGUCCCCUCCUCAGUUCCCUCCUCAGUUCCCUCCUCAGUCCCCUCCUCAGUCCCCUCCUCAGUUCCCUCCUCAGUUCCCUCCUCAGUUCCCUCCUCAGUCCCCUCCUCAGUCCCCUCCUCAGUCCCCUCCUCAGUUCCCUCCUCAGUUCCCUCCUCAGUUCCCUCCUCAGUUCCCUCCUCCUCAGUUCCCUCCUCAGUUCCCUCCUCAGUUCCCUCCUCAGUUCCCUCCUCAGUUCCUUCCUCAGUUCCCUCCUCAGUCCCCUCCUCAGUUCCCUCCUCAGUUCCCUCCUCAGUCCCCUCCUCAGUUCCCUCCUCAGUCCCCUCCUCAGUCCCCUCCUCAGUUCCCUCCUCAGUCCCCUCCUCAGUUCCCUCCUCAGUCCCCUCCUCAGUUCCCUCCUCAGUUCCCUCCUCAGUUCCCUCCUCAGUUCCCUCCUCAGUCCCCUCCUCAGUUCGCUCCUCAGUCCCCUCCUCAGUUCCCUCCUCCUCAGUUCCCUCCUCCUCAGUUCCCUCCUCAGUUCCCUCCUCAGUUCCCUCCUCAGUUCCCUCCUCAGUUCCUUCCUCAGUUCCCUCCUCAGUCCCCUCCUCAUUCCUCCUCAUCCCCUCCUCAGUUCCCUCCUCAGUUCCCUCCUCAGUCCCCUCCUCAGUUCCCUCCUCAGUCCCCUCCUCAGUCCCCUCCUCAGUUCCCUCCUCAGUCCCCUCCUCAGUUCCCUCCUCAGUCCCCUCCUCAGUUCCCUCCUCAGUUCCCUCCUCAGUUCCCUCCUCAGUUCCCUCCUCAGUUCCUUCCUCAGUUCCCUCCUCAGUCCCCUCCUCAGUUCCCUCCUCAGUUCCCUCCUCAGUUCCCUCCUCAGUUCCCUCCUCAGUCCCCUCCUCAGUCCCCUCCUCAGUCCCCUCCUCAGUCCCCUCCUCAGUUCCCUCCUCAGUUCCCUCCUCAGUCCCCUCCUCAGUCCCCUCCUCAGUUCCCUCCUCAGUUCCCUCCUCAGUUCCCUCCUCAGUCCCCUCCUCAGUCCCCUCCUCAGUCCCCUCCUCAGUUCCCUCCUCAGUUCCCUCCUCAGUUCCCUCCUCAGUUCCCUCCUCAGUUCCCUCCUCAGUCCCCUCCUCAGUCCCCUCCUCAGUUCCCUCCUCAGUUCCUUCCUCAGUUCCCUCCUCAGUUCCCUCCUCAGUUCCCUCCUCAGUCCCCUCCUCAGUCCCCUCCUCAGUUCCCUCCUCAGUCCCCUCCUCAGUCCCCUCCUCAGUUCCCUCCUCAGUCCCCUCCUCAGUUCCCUCCUCAGUUCCCUCCUCAGUUCCCUCCUCAGUUCCCUCCUCAGUCCCCUCCUCAGUUCCCUCCUCAGUUCCCUCCUCAGUUCCCUCCUCAGUUCCCUCCUCAGUUCCCUCCUCAGUCCCCUCCUCAGUUCCCUCCUCAGUUUCCUCCUCAGUUCCCUCCUCAGUUCCUUCCUCAGUUCCCUCCUCAAUCCCCUCCUCAGUUCCCUCCUCAGUUCCCUCCUCAGUCCCCUCCUCAGUUCCCUCCUCAGUCCCCUCCUCAGUCCCCUCCUCAGUCCCCUCCUCAGUUCCCUCCUCAGUUCCCUCCUCAGUUCCCUCCUCAGUUCCCUCCUCAGUUCCUUCCUCAGUUCCCUCCUCAGUCCCCUCCUCAGUUCCCUCCUCAGUUCCCUCCUCAGUUCCCUCCUCAGUUCCCUCCUCAGUUCCCUCCUCAGUCCCCUCCUCAGUCCCCUCCUCAGUUCCCUCCUCAGUCCCCUCCUCAGUUCCCUCCUCAGUCCCCUCCUCAGUUCCCUCCUCAGUUCCCUCCUCAGUUCCCUCCUCAGUCCCCUCCUCAGUCCCCUCCUCAGUUCCCUCCUCAGUCCCCUCCUCAGUUCCCUCCUCAGUCCCCUCCUCAGUUCCCUCCUCAGUUCCCUCCUCAGUUCCCUCCUCAGUUCCUUCCUCAGUUCCCUCCUCAGUCCCCUCCUCAGUCCCCUCCUCAGUUCGCUCCUCAGUCCCCUCCUCAGUUCCCUCCUCCUCAGUUCCCUCCUCCUCAGUUCCCUCCUCAGUUCCCUCCUCAGUUCCCUCCUCAGUUCCCUCCUCAGUUCCUUCCUCAGUUCCCUCCUCAGUCCCCUCCUCAGUUCCCUCCUCAGUUCCCUCCUCAGUUCCCUCCUCAGUUCCCUCCUCAGUUCCCUCCUCCUCAGUUCCCUCCUCAGUUCCCUCCUCAGUUCCCUCCUCAGUUCCCUCCUCAGUUCCUUCCUCAGUUCCCUCCUCAGUCCCCUCCUCAGUUCCCUCCUCAGUUCCCUCCUCAGUCCCCUCCUCAGUUCCCUCCUCAGUCCCCUCCUCAGUCCCCUCCUCAGUUCCCUCCUCAGUCCCCUCCUCAGUUCCCUCCUCAGUCCCCUCCUCAGUUCCCUCCUCAGUUCCCUCCUCAGUUCCCUCCUCAGUUCCCUCCUCAGUUCCUUCCUCAGUUCCCUCCUCAGUCCCCUCCUCAGUUCCCUCCUCAGUUCCCUCCUCAGUUCCCUCCUCAGUUCCCUCCUCAGUCCCCUCCUCAGUCCCCUCCUCAGUCCCCUCCUCAGUCCCCUCCUCAGUUCCCUCCUCAGUUCCCUCCUCAGUCCCCUCCUCAGUCCCCUCCUCAGUUCCCUCCUCAGUUCCCUCCUCAGUUCCCUCCUCAGUCCCCUCCUCAGUCCCCUCCUCAGUCCCCUCCUCAGUUCCCUCCUCAGUUCCCUCCUCAGUUCCCUCCUCAGUUCCCUCCUCCUCAGUUCCCUCCUCAGUUCCCUCCUCAGUUCCCUCCUCAGUUCCCUCCUCAGUUCCUUCCUCAGUUCCCUCCUCAGUCCCCUCCUCAGUUCCCUCCUCAGUUCCCUCCUCAGUCCCCUCCUCAGUUCCCUCCUCAGUCCCCUCCUCAGUCCCCUCCUCAGUUCCCUCCUCAGUCCCCUCCUCAGUUCCCUCCUCAGUCCCCUCCUCAGUUCCCUCCUCAGUUCCCUCCUCAGUUCCCUCCUCAGUUCCCUCCUCAGUCCCCUCCUCAGUUCGCUCCUCAGUCCCCUCCUCAGUUCCCUCCUCCUCAGUUCCCUCCUCCUCAGUUCCCUCCUCAGUUCCCUCCUCAGUUCCCUCCUCAGUUCCCUCCUCAGUUCCUUCCUCAGUUCCCUCCUCAGUCCCCUCCUCAGUUCCCUCCUCAGUUCCCUCCUCAGUUCCCUCCUCAGUUCCCUCCUCAGUUCCCUCCUCCUCAGUUCCCUCCUCAGUUCCCUCCUCAGUUCCCUCCUCAGUUCCCUCCUCAGUUCCUUCCUCAGUUCCCUCCUCAGUCCCCUCCUCAGUUCCCUCCUCAGUUCCCUCCUCAGUCCCCUCCUCAGUUCCCUCCUCAGUCCCCUCCUCAGUCCCCUCCUCAGUUCCCUCCUCAGUCCCCUCCUCAGUUCCCUCCUCAGUCCCCUCCUCAGUUCCCUCCUCAGUUCCCUCCUCAGUUCCCUCCUCAGUUCCCUCCUCAGUUCCUUCCUCAGUUCCCUCCUCAGUCCCCUCCUCAGUUCCCUCCUCAGUUCCCUCCUCAGUUCCCUCCUCAGUUCCCUCCUCAGUCCCCUCCUCAGUCCCCUCCUCAGUCCCCUCCUCAGUCCCCUCCUCAGUUCCCUCCUCAGUUCCCUCCUCAGUCCCCCUCCUCAGUCCCCUCCUCAGUUCCCUCCUCAGUUCCCUCCUCAGUUCCCUCCUCAGUCCCCUCCUCAGUCCCCUCCUCAGUCCCCUCCUCAGUUCCCUCCUCAGUUCCCUCCUCAGUUCCCUCCUCAGUUCCCUCCUCAGUUCCCUCCUCAGUCCCCUCCUCAGUCCCCUCCUCAGUUCCCUCCUCAGUUCCUUCCUCAUUCCCUCCUCAUUUCCCUCCUCAGUUCCCUCCUCAGUCCCCUCCUCAGUCCCCUCCUCAGUCCCCUCCUCAGUCCCCUCCUCAGUUCCCUCCUCAGUUCCCUCCUCAGUCCCCUCCUCAGUCCCCUCCUCAGUCCCCUCCUCAGUUCCCUCCUCAGUUCCCUCCUCAGUUCCCUCCUCAGUUCCCUCCUCAGUUCCCCUCCUCAUCCUCAGUCCCCUCCUCAGUCCCCUCCUCAGUUCCCUCCUCAGUUCCCUCCUCAGUUCCCUCCUCAGUUCCCUCCUCAGUUCCCUCCUCAGUCCCCUCCUCAGUCCCCUCCUCAGUUCCCUCCUCAGUUCCCUCCUCAGUUCCUUCCUCAGUUCCCUCCUCAGUUCCCUCCUCAGUUCCCUCCUCAGUCCCCUCCUCAGUUCCCUCCUCAGUCCCCUCCUCAGUUCCCUCCUCAGUUCCCUCCUUAGUUCCCUCCUCAGUUCCCUCCUCAGUCCCCUCCUCAGUUCGCUCCUCAGUCCCCUCCUCAGUUCCCUCCUCCUCAGUUCCCUCCUCCUCAGUUCCCUCCUCAGUUCCCUCCUCAGUUCCCUCCUCAGUUCCCUCCUCAGUUCCUUCCUCAGUUCCCUCCUCAGUCCCCUCCUCAGUUCCCUCCUCAGUUCCCUCCUCAGUUCCCUCCUCAGUUCCCUCCUCAGUUCCCUCCUCAGUUCCCUCCUCAGUUCCCUCCUCAGUUCCCUCCUCAGUUCCCUCCUCAGUUCCUUCCUCAGUUCCCUCCUCAGUCCCCUCCUCAGUUCCCUCCUCAGUUCCCUCCUCAGUCCCCUCCUCAGUUCCCUCCUCAGUCCCCUCCUCAGUCCCCUCCUCAGUUCCCUCCUCAGUCCCCUCCUCAGUUCCCUCCUCAGUCCCCUCCUCAGUUCCCUCCUCAGUUCCCUCCUCAGUUCCCUCCUCAGUUCCCUCCUCAGUUCCUUCCUCAGUUCCCUCCUCAGUCCCCUCCUCAGUUCCCUCCUCAGUUCCCUCCUCAGUUCCCUCCUCAGUUCCCUCCUCAGUCCCCUCCUCAGUCCCCUCCUCAGUCCCCUCCUCAGUCCCCUCCUCAGUUCCCUCCUCAGUUCCCUCCUCAGUCCCCUCCUCAGUCCCCUCCUCAGUUCCCUCCUCAGUUCCCUCCUCAGUUCCCUCCUCAGUCCCCUCCUCAGUCCCCUCCUCAGUCCCCUCCUCAGUUCCCUCCUCAGUUCCCUCCUCAGUUCCCUCCUCAGUUCCCUCCUCAGUUCCCUCCUCAGUCCCGUCCUCAGUCCCCUCCUCAGUUCCCUCCUCAGUUCCUUCCUCAGUUCCCUCCUCAGUUCCCUCCUCAGUUCCCUCCUCAGUUCCCUCCUCAGUCCCCUCCUCAGUUCCGUCCUCAGUUCCCUCCUCAGUUCCCUCCUCCCCUCCUCAGUUCCCUCCUCAUUUCCCUCCUCAGUUCCCUCCUCAGUCCCCUCCUCAGUCCCCUCCUCAGUCCCCUCCUCAGUCCCCUCCUCAGUUCCCUCCUCAGUUCCCUCCUCAGUCCCCUCCUCAGUCCCCUCCUCAGUUCCCUCCUCAGUUCCCUCCUCAGUUCCCUCCUCAGUCCCCUCCUCAGUCCCCUCCUCAGUCCCCUCCUCAGUUCCCUCCUCAGUUCCCUCCUCAGUUCCCUCCUCAGUUCCCUCCUCAGUUCCCUCCUCAGUCCCCUCCUCAGUCCCCUCCUCAGUUCCCUCCUCAGUUCCCUCCUCAGUUCCUUCCUCAGUUCCCUCCUCAGUUCCCUCCUCAGUUCCCUCCUCAGUUCCCUCCUCAGUCCCCUCCUCAGUCCCCUCCUCAGUCCCCUCCUCAGUUCCCUCCUCAGUUUCCUCCUCAGUUCCCUCCUCAGUUCCCUCCUCAGUUCCGUCCUCAGUUCCCUCCUCAGUUCCCUCCUCCCCUCCUCAUCCCCUCCUCAGUCCCCUCCUCAGUCCCCUCCUCAGUUCCCUCCUCAGUUCCCUCCUCAGUUCCCUCCUCAGUUCCCUCCUCAGUUCCCUCCUCAGUCCCCUCCUCAGUUCCCUCCUCAGUCCCCUCCUCAGUCCCCUCCUCAGUCCCCUCCUCAGUUCCCUCCUCAGUUCCCUCCUCAGUUCCCUCCUCAGUUCCCUCCUCAGUCCCCUCCUCAGUUCCCUCCUCAGUCCCCUCCUCAGUCCCCUCCUCAGUCCCCUCCUCAGUUCCCUCCUCAGUUCCCUCCUCAGUUCCCUCCUCAGUUCCCUCCUCAGUUCCCUCCUCAGUCCCCUCCUCAGUCCCCUCCUCAGUUCCCUCCUCAGUUCCCUCCUCAGUUCCUUCCUCAGUUCCCUCCUCAGUUCCCUCCUCAGUUCCCUCCUCAGUCCCCUCCUCAGUUCCCUCCUCAGUCCCCUCCUCAGUUCCCUCCUCAGUUCCCUCCUUAGUUCCCUCCUCAGUUCCCUCCUCAGUCCCCUCCUCAGUUCGCUCCUCAGUGCCCUCCUCAGUUCCCUCCUCCUCAGUUCCCUCCUCCUCAGUUCCCUCCUCAGUUCCCUCCUCAGUUCCCUCCUCAGUUCCCUCCUCAGUUCCUUCCUCAGUUCCCUCCUCAGUUCCCUCCUCAGUUCCCUCCUCAGUUCCUUCCUCAGUUCCCUCCUCAGUCCCCUCCUCAGUUCCCUCCUCAGUUCCCUCCUCAGUUCCCUCCUCAGUUCCCUCCUCAGUCCCCUCCUCAGUCCCUCCUCAGUCCCCUCCUCAGUCCCCUCCUCAGUUCCCUCCUCAGUUCCCUCCUCAGUCCCCUCCUCAGUCCCCUCCUCAGUUCCCUCCUCAGUUCCCUCCUCAGUUCCCUCCUCAGUCCCCUCCUCAGUCCCCUCCUCAGUCCCCUCCUCAGUUCCCUCCUCAGUUCCCUCCUCAGUUCCCUCCUCAGUUCCCUCCUCAGUUCCCUCCUCAGUCCCCUCCUCAGUCCCCUCCUCAGUUCCCUCCUCAGUUCCUUCCUCAGUUCCCUCCUCAGUUCCCUCCUCAGUUCCCUCCUCAGUUCCCUCCUCAGUCCCCUCCUCAGUUCCGUCCUCAGUUCCCUCCUCAGUUCCCUCCUCCCCUCCUCAUCCCCUCCUCAGUCCCCUCCUCAGUUCCCUCCUCAGUUCCCUCCUCAGUCCCCUCCUCAGUCCCCUCCUCAGUCCCCUCCUCAGUUCCCUCCUCAGUUCCCUCCUCAGUUCCCUCCUCAGUUCCCUCCUCAGUUCCCUCCUCAGUCCCCUCCUCAGUCCCCUCCUCAGUCCCCUCCUCAGUUCCCUCCUCAGUUCCCUCCUCAGUUCCCUCCUCAGUUCCCUCCUCAGUUCCCUCCUCAGUCCCCUCCUCAGUCCCCUCCUCAGUUCCCUCCUCAGUUCCCUCCUCAGUUCCUUCCUCAGUUCCCUCCUCAGUUCCCUCCUCAGUUCCCUCCUCAGUCCCCUCCUCAGUUCCCUCCUCAGUCCCCUCCUCAGUUCCCUCCUCAGUUCCCUCCUUAGUUCCCUCCUCAGUUCCCUCCUCAGUCCCCUCCUCAGUUCGCUCCUCAGUCCCCUCCUCAGUUCCCUCCUCCUCAGUUCCCUCCUCCUCAGUUCCCUCCUCAGUUCCCUCCUCAGUUCCCUCCUCAGUUCCCUCCUCAGUUCCUUCCUCAGUUCCCUCCUCAGUCCCCUCCUCAGUUCCCUCCUCAGUUCCCUCCUCAGUUCCCUCCUCAGUUCCCUCCUCAGUUCCCUCCUCCUCAGUUCCCUCCUCAGUUCCCUCCUCAGUUCCCUCCUCAGUUCCCUCCUCAGUUCCUUCCUCAGUUCCCUCCUCAGUCCCCUCCUCAGUUCCCUCCUCAGUUCCCUCCUCAGUCCCCUCCUCAGUUCCCUCCUCAGUCCCCUCCUCAGUCCCCUCCUCAGUUCCCUCCUCAGUCCCCUCCUCAGUUCCCUCCUCAGUCCCCUCCUCAGUUCCCUCCUCAGUUCCCUCCUCAGUUCCCUCCUCAGUUCCCUCCUCAGUUCCUUCCUCAGUUCCCUCCUCAGUCCCUCCUCAGUUCCCUCCUCAGUUCCCUCCUCAGUUCCCUCCUCAGUUCCCUCCUCAGUCCCCUCCUCAGUCCCCUCCUCAGUCCCCUCCUCAGUCCCCUCCUCAGUUCCCUCCUCAGUUCCCUCCUCAGUCCCCUCCUCAGUCCCCUCCUCAGUUCCCUCCUCAGUUCCCUCCUCAGUUCCCUCCUCAGUCCCCUCCUCAGUCCCCUCCUCAGUCCCCUCCUCAGUUCCCUCCUCAGUUCCCUCCUCAGUUCCCUCCUCAGUUCCCUCCUCAGUUCCCUCCUCAGUCCCCUCCUCAGUCCCCUCCUCAGUUCCCUCCUCAGUUCCUUCCUCAGUUCCCUCCUCAGUUCCCUCCUCAGUUCCCUCCUCAGUUCCCUCCUCAGUCCCCUCCUCAGUUCCUUCCCUCCUCAGUCCCCUCCUCAGUCCCCUCCUCAGUCCCCUCCUCAGUCCCCUCCUCAGUUCCCUCCUCAGUUCCCUCCUCAGUCCCCUCCUCAGUCCCCUCCUCAGUUCCCUCCUCAGUUCCCUCCUCAGUUCCCUCCUCAGUCCCCUCCUCAGUCCCCUCCUCAGUCCCCUCCUCAGUUCCCUCCUCAGUUCCCUCCUCAGUUCCCUCCUCAGUUCCCUCCUCAGUUCCCUCCUCAGUCCCCUCCUCAGUCCCCUCCUCAGUUCCCUCCUCAGUUCCCUCCUCAGUUCCUUCCUCAGUUCCCUCCUCAGUUCCCUCCUCAGUUCCCUCCUCAGUUCCCUCCUCAGUCCCCUCCUCAGUCCCCUCCUCAGUUCCCUCCUCAGUUCCCUCCUCAGUUCCCUCCUCAGUUCCCUCCUCAGUUCCCUCCUCAGUCCCCUCCUCAGUCCCCUCCUCAGUUCCCUCCUCAGUUUCCUCCUCAGUUCCCUCCUCAGUUCCCUCCUCAGUUCCGUCCUCAGUUCCCUCCUCAGUUCCCUCCUCCCCUCCUCAGUUCCCUCCUCAUUUCCCUCCUCAGUUCCCUCCUCAGUCCCCUCCUCAGUCCCCUCCUCAGUUUCCUCCUCAGUCCCCUCCUCAGUCCCCUCCUCAGUCCCCUCCUCAGUUCCCUCCUCAGUUCCCUCCUCAGUUCCCUCCUCAGUUCCCUCCUCAGUUCCCUCCUCAGUUCCCCUCCUCAGUUCCCUCCUCAGUCCCCUCCUCAGUCCCCUCCUCAGUCCCCUCCUCAGUUCCCUCCUCAGUUCCCUCCUCAGUUCCCUCCUCAGUUCCCUCCUCAGUCCCCUCCUCAGUUCCCUCCUCAGUCCCCUCCUCAGUCCCCUCCUCAGUCCCCUCCUCAGUUCCCUCCUCAGUUCCCUCCUCAGUUCCCUCCUCAGUUCCCUCCUCAGUCCCCUCCUCAGUCCCCUCCUCAGUUCCCUCCUCAGUUCCCUCCUCAGUUCCCUCCUCAGUUCCCUCCUCAGUUCCCUCCUCAGUCCCCUCUUCAGUUCCCUCCUCAGUUCCCUCCUCAGUUCCCUCCUCAGUUCCUUCCUCAGUUCCCUCCUCAGUUCCCUCCUCAGUUCCCUCCUCAGUUCCCUCCUCAGUCCCCUCCUCAGUCCCUCCUCAGUCCCCUCCUCAGUUCCCUCCUCAGUUCCCUCCUCAGUUCCCUCCUCAGUUCCCUCCUCAGUUCCCUCCUCAGUUCCCUCCUCAGUCCCCUCCUCAGUUCCCUCCUCAGUUCCCUCCUCAGUUCCCUCCUCAGUUCCCUCCUCAGUCCCCUCCUCAGUUCCCUCCUCAGUCCCCUCCUCAGUCCCCUCCUCAGUCCCCUCCUCAGUUCCCUCCUCAGUUCCCUCCUCAGUUCCCUCCUCAGUUCCCUCCUCAGUUCCCUCCUCAGUCCCCUCCUCAGUCCCCUCCUCAGUUCCUCCUCAUCCCCUCCUUAGUCCCCUCCUCAGUCCCCUCCUCAGUUCCCUCCUCAGUUCCCUCCUCAGUUCCCUCCUCAGUUCCCUCCUCAGUCCCUCUUCAGUCCCCUCCUCAGUUCCCUCCUCAGUUCCCUCCUCAGUUCCCUCCUCAGUUCCCUCCUCAGUUCCCUCCUCAGUCCCCUCCUCAGUUUCCCUCCUCAGUUCCCUCCUCAGUUCCCUCCUCAGUUCCCUCCUCAGUUCCCUCCUCAGUCCCCUCCUCAGUUCCCUCCUCAGUCCCCUCCUCAGUCCCCUCCUCAGUCCCCUCCUCAGUUCCCUCCUCAGUUCCCUCCUCAGUUCUCUCCUCAGUUCCCUCCUCAGUCCCCUCCUCAGUCCCCUCCUCAGUUCCCUCCUCAGUUCCCUCCUCAGUUCCCUCCUCAGUUCCCUCCUCAGUUCCCUCCUCAGUCCCCUCUUCAGUUCCCUCCUCAGUUCCCUCCUCAGUUCCCUCCUCAGUUCCUUCCUCAGUUCCCUCCUCAGUUCCCUCCUCAGUUCCCUCCUCAGUUCCUCCUCAGUCCCCUCCUCAGUCCCCUCCUCAGUCCCCUCCUCAGUUCCCUCCUCAGUUCCCUCCUCAGUUCCCUCCUCAGUUCCCUCCUCAGUUCCCUCCUCAGUCCUCCUCCUCAGUUCCCUCCUCAGUUCCCUCCUCAGUUCCCUCCUCAGUUCCCUCCUCAGUUCCCUCCUCAGUCCCCUCCUCAGUUCCCUCCUCAGUCCCCUCCUCAGUCCCCUCCUCAGUCCCCUCCUCAGUUCCCUCCUCAGUUCCCUCCUCAGUUCUCUCCUCAGUUCCCUCCUCAGUCCCCUCCUCAGUCCCCUCCUCAGUUCCCUCCUCAGUUCCCUCCUCAGUUCCCUCCUCAGUUCCCUCCUCAGUUCCCUCCUCAGUCCCCUCUUCAGUUCCCUCCUCAGUUCCCUCCUCAGUUCCCUCCUCAGUUCCUUCCUCAGUUCCCUCCUCAGUUCCCUCCUCAGUUCCCUCCUCAGUUCCCUCCUCAGUCCCCUCCUCAGUCCCCUCCUCAGUCCCCUCCUCAGUUCCCUCCUCAGUUCCCUCCUCAGUUCCCUCCUCAGUUCCCUCCUCAGUUCCCUCCUCAGUUCCCUCCUCAGUCCCCUCCUCAGUUCCCUCCUCAGUCCCCUCCUCAGUCCCCUCCUCAGUCCCCUCCUCAGUUCCCUCCUCAGUUCCCUCCUCAGUUCCCUCCUCAGUUCCCUCCUCAGUCCCCUCCUCAGUCCCCUCCUCAGUUCCCUCCUCAGUUCCCUCCUCAGUUCCCUCCUCAGUUCCCUCCUCAGUUCCCUCCUCAGUCCCCUCUUCAGUUCCCUCCUCAGUUCCCUCCUCAGUUCCCUCCUCAGUUCCUUCCUCAGUUCCCUCCUCAGUUCCCUCCUCAGUUCCCUCCUCAGUUCCCUCCUCAGUCCCCUCCUUAGUCCCCUCCUCAGUCCCCUCCUCAGUUCCCUCCUCAGUUCCCUCCUCAGUUCCCUCCUCAGUUCCCUCCUCAGUUCCCUCCUCAGUUCCCUCCUCAGUUCCCUCCUCAGUUCCCUCCUCAGUUCCCUCCUCAGUCCUCUCCUCAGUUCCCUCCUCAGUCCCCUCCUCAGUCCCCUCCUCAGUCCCCUCCUCAGAGAACGUGGCGAGCAUGCAGUGGAUGGACCGGGACGAGAUCUCCAAGUAUCUCGGAGUGCCGCCCGUCUGCAUCGACUGCGCCGACCUCACCGCACAGGGGCGGCGGCGGCUGUUUUGGACCAACCUGCCGCUGCCAGCUCAGAUGCCGCCCGUGCGCUGCCACCCGUCCACGCUGAUGCAGAGCAAGCUGUUUGACGCGAUCGCCACAGAAGACAAUGAUGAAGACCAACUUCCGCACGGCCGCGUUAACCAGGUCACCCUCUCCUCUGCUUCCCCCACAACCUUCCAUAUACCCUCUGCCUUGUCCCCUCUCUCUCCCCCCCAGCCCAUCAUGAAGACCAACUAUCGCACAGCUGGCAAGGGUCGCACCAACCAGCCCAUCAUGAAGACCAAUUACCGCACGGCUGGCAAGGGCCGCACCAAUCAGGUCAUCUGCAUGCAAUCCCAUGCCGCCCGCUUCUUCCUCUCCCACGAGAUCGAGAGAAUAUUUGGAUUCCCGCCCGGAUACACCAAGAUCCCCGCCGCCCGGUUUGCUGCUAUCAAGGCGGGGAGGAGAGGGGCGGGAGGGGGGAAAGCAGGGACGGGGAAGGGGCGAGAAACUGGCAGGGCUGUGUUCGAUGGGGUGAGGGAGGUGAGAGAGGAGGAGGGGGAGGAAGCAGAGGUAAGGGAGGUUAAGGAAAUGGGGGAGGUGAGGGGGGUGAGGGAGGUUAAGGAAAUGGGGGAGGUGAGGGGGGUGACGGAGGUUAAGGAAAUGGGGGAGGUGAGGGGGGUGAGGGAGGUUAAGGAAAAGAGGGAGGUGAGGGGGGUGAGGGAGGUAAGAGAGGAGGGGGGGGAGGAAACGGAGGUGAGGGCGGUUAGGGAAAUGGGGGAGGUGAGGGGGGUGAGGGAGGUGAGUGCAUUCAUUGUUCGGGGAGAUGAAGGAGGAGCGGGAGGUGAAGAGGGGUUUGGUGUGGUGGGAAGAGAUGGUGGGAAGUGGGUGUUGGGCGUUGCAGCAAAGGCGUGUGAAUUGAAGUGUGAUAAUGCGUUGAAGGGUGGUGAUGUUGGGGUGUUGAAGGGUGAUAAUGCGGUGGUGAACGGUCAUGCCACGGAUCAUGCAGAUGAUGAUGACGAUGUGGUUGAGGUGUCGGCGUACCAACACAAGUCAACCUCACUCUUCAACGCACGGCUUGUCAUUACAUGUCUUCCUCUCCUCGCCCCUCCUCUCCUCGCCCCUCCUCUCCUCGCCCCUCCUCUCCUCGCCCCUCCUCUCCUCGCCCCUCCUCUCCUCGCCCCUCCUCUCCUCGCCCCUCCUCUCCUCGCCCCUCCUCUCCUCGCCCCUCCUCUCCUCGCCCCUCCUCUCCUCGCCCCUCCUCUCCUCGCCCCUCCUCUCCUCCCCCCUCCUCUCCUCGCCCCUCCUCUCCUCCCCCCUCCUCUCCUCGCCCCUCCUCUCCUCCCCCCUCCUCUCCUCGCCCCUCCUCUCCUCCCCCCUCCUCUCCUCCCCCCUCCUCUCCUCGCCCCUCCUCUCCUCGCCCCUCCUCUCCUCCCCCCUCCUCUCCUCGCCCCUCCUCUCCUCCCCCCUCCUCUCCUCGCCCCUCCUCUCCUCGCCCCUCCUCUCCUCGCCCCUCCUCUCCUCGCCCCUCCUCUCCUCCCCCCUCCUCUCCUCGCCCCUCCUCUCCUCCCCCUCCUCUCCUCGCCCCUCCUCUCCUCCCCCUCCUCUCCUCGCCCCUCCUCUCCUCCCCCCUCCUCUCCUCCCCCCUCCUCUCCUCGCCCCUCCUCUCCUCGCCCCUCCUCUCCUCCUCCCCCCUCCUCUCCUCGCCCCUCCUCUCCUCCCCCCUCCUCUCCUCGCCCCUCCUCUCCUCCCCCCUCCUCUCCUCGCCCCUCCUCUCCUCCCCCCUCCUCUCCUCGCCCCUCCUCUCCUCCCCCCUCCUCUCCUCGCCCCUCCUCUCCUCCCCCCUCCUCUCCUCGCCCCUCCUCUCCUCCCCCCUCCUCUCCUCGCCCCUCCUCUCCUCCCCUCCUCUCCUCGCCCCUCCUCUCCUCGCCCCUCCUCUCCUCGCCCCUCCUCUCCUCCCCCCUCCUCUCCUCGCCCCUCCUCUCCUCGCCCCUCCUCUCCUCCCCCCUCCUCUCCUCGCCCCUCCUCUCCUCCCCCCUCCUCUCCUCCCCCCUCCUCUCCUCCCCCCUCCUCUCCUCCCCCUCCUCUCCUCCCCCCUCCUCUCCUCCCCCUCCUCUCCUCGCCCCUCCUCUCCUCCCCCUCCUCUCCUCCCCCUCCUCUCCUCGCCCCUCCUCUCCUCGCCCCUCCUCUCCUCGCCCCUCCUCUCCUCCCCCUCCUCUCCUCCCCCCUCCUCUCCUCCCCCCUCCUCUCCUCCCCCUCCUCUCCUCGCCCCUCCUCUCCUCGCCCCUCCUCUCCUCGCCCCUCCUCUCCUCGCCCCUCCUCUCCUCCCCCCUCCUCUCCUCCCCCCUCCUCUCCUCCCCCUCCUCUCCUCCCCCUCCUCUCCUCCCCCUCCUCUCCUCGCCCCUCCUCUCCUCCCCCCUCCUCUCCUCGCCCCUCCUCUCCUCCCCCCUCCUCUCCUCGCCCCUCCUCUCCUCGCCCCUCCUCUCCUCGCCCCUCCUCUCCUCGCCCCUCCUCUCCUCCCCCCUCCUCUCCUCCCCCCUCCUCUCCUCCCCCCUCCUCUCCUCCCCCCUCCUCUCCUCGCCCCUCCUCUCCUCCCCCCUCCUCUCCUCGCCCCUCCUCUCCUCCCCCCUCCUCUCCUCGCCCCUCCUCUCCUCCCCCCUCCUCUCCUCGCCCCUCCUCUCCUCCCCCCUCCUCUCCUCGCCCCUCCUCUCCUCCCCCCUCCUCUCCUCGCCCCUCCUCUCCUCCCCCCUCCUCUCCUCGCCCCUCCUCUCCUCGCCCCUCCUCUCCUCGCCCCUCCUCUCCUCGCCCCUCCUCUCCUCCCCCCUCCUCUCCUCGCCCCUCCUCUCCUCCCCCCUCCUCUCCUCCCCCCUCCUCUCCUCCCCCCUCCUCUCCUCCCCCCUCCUCUCCUCCCCCCUCCUCUCCUCGCCCCUCCUCUCCUCCCCCCUCCUCUCCUCGCCCCUCCUCUCCUCGCCCCUCCUCUCCUCGCCCCUCCUCUCCUCGCCCCUCCUCUCCUCCCCCCUCCUCUCCUCCCCCCUCCUCUCCUCCCCCCUCCUCUCCUCCCCCCUCCUCUCCUCGCCCCUCCUCUCCUCCCCCCUCCUCUCCUCCCCCCUCCUCUCCUCCCCCCUCCUCUCCUCCCCCCUCCUCUCCUCCCCCCUCCUCUCCUCCCCCCUCCUCUCCUCCCCCCUCCUCUCCUCCCCCUCCUCUCCUCCCCCCUCCUCUCCUCGCCCCUCCUCUCCUCCCCCCUCCUCUCCUCUCCUCUCCUCUCCUAUCACCGCCACACCAGGAAGAGGGGCGUGCAGCAGUGGGCCCAGGAGAAAAGGCACAGGCGAAGCGGGGCCAGUGAGAGACCGACUCAACCUCUCACCGCUACCUCCCCUCGACUAUCCCUCCCUCCCUCCCUCCCUCCCUCCCUCCCUCCCUCCCUCCCUCCCUCCCUCCCUCCCUCCCUUCCCCCUCCACUAUCACCACCACACCAGGAGGAGGGGCGUGCAGCAGCAGCCCCAAGAGACGAGGCGGAGGCGGAGUGGGGGCAGUGAGAGGGGCGAGCGGGAGGGCGGAUGGGAUGAGUGGGAGGGAGGAGACGUGUCGGUGGCAGUGAUAUCAUACCUGCUCACGCCGCUGCUCUCCCCAUCGCUGCGCCUCUCUGCUCCCCCCUGUGCGCUGCCUGCCUGUGUGCCUCCCCACGUCACCCGCGCCAAGUGCGCCCUCAUGGUGCCGGGGGAGUGCGCCCUCAUGGUGCCGGGGGAGAGCACGGUGGUGCAGGGAGUGAAAAGGGGCGUCUCUGCUCCCCUCUGUGCGCUGCUUGCCUGUGUGCCCGCAUAUGUCACCCGCGCUAGGUCUGCUCUCAUGGUGCCAGGGGAGGUGAGCACAGUGAGCGUUGGUGCGUGGGGGUCUGCUCUCAUGGUCCCAGGGGAGGUGUGGGCAGCAUACAGCUGGUCCAAGCUACCCAAUUGGUACGCGCUGAUUCUCUCCGUGGAGGGCGGCAGAUUCGAUACCGAGUCGCUUCGCAAGCCAGCACCACUCGCCAUCACCUAUCGGUACUUCUAUCUCGUGGAUGCUCACUCAAAUGGGCAUCCUGCGUAUGGGAAGAGGGAAGAGAGGGAAGAGCGUGAGAGUGGUGACGAGGAGGAGGAGGAGGAAGAGGGGGAUGAGGAUGAGGAGGGGGAGGAGUACAAGGAGGAGGAGGAGGAUGAGCACACAUGGCAUGGAGCAGGGCUGUAUGAGAUGGAGCAGGAGACUCACACGGCCACCAGCCUCACUGUCUUCAGCCACAGGGUGCGGAGGGUGCGCAGGGUAGCGGGGGGCCCGGGCAGGAGUGUGCACGCGGUGUAUCCCCAGCCAGGCACCGUGUGGGCGCUUAAAUGGCCCUUCAAACGCGACUUCUCCCUCGUUUACGUGGUAACCAGCAGCAUCGAGUUCAACUCUCCCAGCCUAUCCUCCCCAUCGCCCUCCUCCCACCCCUCCCCCGCCAAAUCCCCAACUCUCCAACCCUCCUCCACCUCCCCCACCCGAUCCUCUCCCAUCUCCCCCAUCACUUCCCAAGCCUCCAUUCGAGGCUUCAAUGCGACAGUGCGGGCGCUGGUGCGGCGGCGGAGUGUGAAGGUGGGGGUGGGCAUGGAUCCGCUGUGGGGGGUGCACGAGCACGAGUGGCAGGUGCACGACCUCUCUGCCUUCGCCUUUGAGGCGCCCUUCCACUUCCACAGCGACCGACACACCCUCGUGGUCGAGCCACAGACCCACAAGGAGCCCGAGUAA